UUAGUCCUCAAGCUGAAGUGAACACUUCAUCACCAAUACAUCUUAAUAGUACUGACGAACAAGCAAUCAUUCGUUGCCGUGGUAGAGGAUAUCCUCCUCCAGUUGUCAGUUGGUUCAGGGAUGGAAAAAGAAUAGAUACCAACAAUUCUUCAGAUGUCUACCAAAAUGUUGGUACAACCACACCAGCCAGAUUUCUUGGAUGGAUAUCAACUAUUCUUUACAUCAAACCUGACUCCACCCACAGUCAGUUUGGAAAUUACACUUGUAAAGCAACAAAACUGAAGGAUAAUGAAUAUGAUCUAAAAGUUGUUGAAAUUGUUC